UCUUGCUGGUUCCCCUUUCGGAUGUUUCCUCCCCAGCUGAAGAGGCCGGCAGGCAGCCAGGAUGGGACACAGCUCACAAGAUCCCUACCUCUGCUGGACCACCAGGCUCCUGGGAGUCAUUAGCCUGCUCUGUGCCUGCAGCACUUUAGCCAAGAGUUCUGAAGCUCAUGGUUCUGGGAUUAAAGGUUUUAGAACCCGCACUUAUCUGAAGGCGAUCCGGGGUGGUUCGGUCUUGUUGCAAGUGAUCCAGGAGCCAGAGGAUCCCAAGAUAGAGGAGAUCACCUGGGGUGUCACCUCUGAUUCAAACUCCACAUACAUGCUGAGACUCCAGAAUGGAAAGGAAGAUCCACUGUGGUUCAGUCUCCAGGGCAAGUACAAGCAGAGGGUCCAGGUGCCCAGUAUGUCAUCCCUGAGGAUUAACAAUUUGACCUCACAGGACAGUGGGCAGUACUGGGCCCUGAUCAUGUUUCAGACGGGAAGAGAAAUUAAAGCAGUUUUCCACCUCACUGUGUACGAUCCUGUGCCCCUUGCCCAGAUCUGGACCACGUCAGCGUCCAUCACACCCAGCUGGUGCAAUGUCACUCUGGAGUGUGGGGCCCGAGAGGCUGUAGAGGUCCUGAGUGUAACCUGGGAGGUCCAGGGCCCCCACAGUGAGCAAGAGCAGAGAGGGGCUCCAGGACCCCCCAACCCCUGGACCCUGGCCCUGAGCCUGCCGCUGAGGCAGCCCAAUGUCAGCCUCACCUGUGUCCUCAGCAACCCAGUGGACCAGAAAAAUGCCACCUUACAGCUCCUUGACCUCUGUAGCCCAGACUCACAUGGAGAGCACCCAGCUGUCCUCAUGGGAGGCAUCCGAAUGGGUUAUGUGGCUGUGAUUCUGAUCCUUGCAUCUGGAAUCCGCCUUUGGAUGAUGCAUGAGAAGAUGAUGGAGAAGAGAAGAAGCAGGAAUUGAUGAACAACAUCUGGAAGAGAAGGGGCCUUGCCCUUGGUGUCUACAGUGAGGUCCUUAACCAAGGACAGGCCAUGAAGAUGGUUUCAUUGAAGGAAGCUGCAGAAGCCGGCACUUGGGAGAGACUGUGCUCUGAGCCUGACACACACAGACGCCCACCUGCUCCAGGUUCAGUCCAGCUCCAGAUGGCCCUGGAGAGUCCCCAUCUUCCUGAGCACACAUGGCCCUGUUCCUUCUUGUGACACCUCCCCAAGCUGCCUCCACCCUCAGGACCCUCAUGCCAGCCAAGCAAGGGCUCUUCCUCUGUGCUUGAUCUGGCUCCUGGUCCCUCAGUUUGAGAAGCCUUCCCAAAGCAAAUCCCCCUGACUGUGCAGGUGGCAAAUCCUCACCACCUCGGCUGUGUCACUGGUCUGUCCAGUGGGAACAUUGGCACAGGUGGUGGGACAGUGAAGAGAUAUGGACCUUGCCCAGAGGAGGGAGUCAAGAUGGGUUCUGCAGGCUGAACUGGGGGUCGGUGGAAGCAGCAUGCAUGAUGGGAGCCCUGGGUCCCUUACAGACCUGGUGUAGGACCCCCUUGGGUGUCAGGCUGUGUGUCUGUGUGUGUCUGUGUGCAUGGGGGAUGGGUGGGGGGUGUUGGGGAAGUGUCUAAUACACAGGAGACAUGGGACCAUAGCUCACCUGAACUUAGCUGUUGCCUAUUGCAAACUCAUCUCCAUGUCAAAUGCAAAAAGGAAUCCACAUUCCUCAGGCCCUCCUCAGGCUUCUCUUCUCCUGGCUCUGACCCCAUCAUAGGGUUUGUCUUAGGAAAUCUACACCAACACCCCCUGCCUUGGGAUGAAGGCCCUUGAGGAGAGUGGGUGUGCAGUGCCCCCCACACGCCCCUUAGUGAGGCUGCUGUGGGCUCUGAUGUGAGAAGCUGUGGGAAGUUCUGAGCCAGCCCUCUCAGGCCUCCUCCUGACCCUCACCCCCUGAUCCCUCUGGCCCCAAGCCCAAGGUCAGCUCCUCUGUGCUCACACACACCUCUCUGCCUGCCUUCUCCCUGUUCCUGCCCACACCCACCCCUACCUGCUGAAAUUCUUCCAUCUUCCCAAAUCUCACUUCUCAGCCUCCUGUUCUAAGGAGCCUGUCUGGACCCCAGAGUUUUGGACAUAGGCUCUCUUGAAUUUGGCCUCUUUCAACAUUUGAAAAUCAUUGAGGGCCCUGCCACAGUCUGUCCUGGAUGGGAGUCAUUUCUUAUCCACCGGAUUAAGGUAGGGCUCCCUCAAAAGGGACUGGGGGAGGCCAACGCCCAGGAGAACCCAUGCCUCUUCUCAUGAAGGAUCUUGACCCUUCUCCCCAUUUGCUUGUGCCUUGAGCACACGAAAUCGAAUGAGGGUGUUCUUCAUAAAGGGCCCUCAGCUACAGCCAGCAAGGAAAUGAGGACCUCAGUUUUAUAACAGCAAAGAACAGAAUUAUGGUGAAAACCUAAUGAGCGAGAAAUGGAUUCUUCCUUAGAGUAUCCAGAAGGGAACACAACCUGGAGACACCCUGACUUUAUUCCACAUCAGAUCUUGACCUCCAGGUCAGGGAGACAAUAAGCUGGUGCCAUGUCAAGACACUGAGGAUGUGGUGAUUGACUAUGGCAGAAGGAACAGAUGUCAUUCCAUUUUAUGGUUUCAAGUACUUUGGGUCCUCCAGAGUCUCCAGCCUGGGAGUCUCCACUGGGCUCCAUGUUGACAAAUCUGACUCUUCACGGGGCAUCUCCAGCCAUGGCUGCCUCCUCCUCAAGAAGGCACAUACUUCCCUCAGAGCAGCCCUCACACCCUGCUCUGACGGGAUUUCUGCUUCUUUCCCACCACCCCUGGGCCACUCGAGGACAGUGAGUUUGCUUCUGUCUUUGUGCUCCAGAGGUGCUCCCACGCAGUAGGCACUCAUUACAGGUGUGUUCCAUGGAGGUGACCUGAGGGUGGAUGGACGCCUGUCAGGAAACCCCACCUGCAGUUUGGCCCUCAGCCACGAGGUGGCGCUGCAGGUGGCUUUGCGUGACACUUGGACAGAGGCUGCAGGUGAUUCUGGAGGAGUGUGGAGUCUCUUGGUUUCUCUCCCAGAGCAUCCACAGGGCAGGUAGAUGUGAGAGGCAGAGAAACCCGGGGUAAGAGAAUGACAUCUGGAAAGUGGAGCCAGGUGAGAUGCCCCGGGGGUAUCCCCAGAGGAUAUCUGGUGAAGGCGAUCCCCCACUCACUGUCUUGACAGGGUCACAGUGAAAAUAAGUCCUGGCAAAGCCACUCUCCCACUCUCUUGACAGGGUCACAGUGAGGAUGAAUGCUGGCAAAGCCGCACUGGUUGGUGGGAAACCGAAACCAUGAGACCCUUUUUUAUAUAAUUGGGACUUUUCAUUUUCAUGCUCAUGUUCCUGACAGGAGUCAUGAGUAUGUUAAAUGCCAAACAAAUUUCAGAUGGCUAGAACAUAACAGGUAGUUCAUGUCUUGAAGGCUGUUUUACUACCCCUCAGCAUAUCAAGGACAAAGUAGAAGGCUGUUCUUCUAUCUCAGUACAUUGAGGACAAAUCUGAUAAUGGACAACAAUCAUCCUCUGAAAGGUCACGAGAAUUUUAGGCACCACAUUGAUUUUAUCAACUAGAACCCAAGCUCAUAUUUCCAGCCUCUUAGAAAAUCUAAUCAUUAUGUUUAUUUUACAAAGCCCACCAUAUGUAGUCUCAUUCUUGAUUGAGGAAAGUUAUAUUAUACACUUAGGAAAGUUAAAACAUAUAAGUAUAUAUUCUUCUCUUUUUAUAAACCCUUUUUUACUUUAUAUAGGAAUUUAUGAUGAGCAUAGUUAAUAUUGGCGGAAAGUGGACUGAUGUUUAGAACUUACUUUCUAUUGAGAAAGAUUAUAAAGAUAUGAGAACUAGUGCACCUUGACUGAGAAACAAAGAAACUCUUUGAGAAAGCAGCUCAACCAGUUUUAUGAGAAUAAAUUUAGGAAUUAAUUAAAUUAGCUUUAUAAGAUAUAUUUUUAGAAUAAUAUUAGAAAUACUAUCCUAUUUAGAUUUUGGGAUUUAGAAAUUCUUAAGUUUUUAGUUGUAUGGGUUUCUGAUAUGUUUUGAGAAUUAUUUAUAAAUUUUAGGAUAUUUUAACUAUAAGAUUUAAGGGGACUUUUUUAGAUGGGAAUUUUAGAUUAGAAAUAAAGUAAAAGUGUACUUUAAACUUAAAGAUUAAUGACAGGUUAGGAGACUGAGAGUCUAGUUACAUAGUUUGGCAUUAGUUAAUAAGAAAAUAGCAUAUCUUGGGGAAAAUAGUAAAUCUUGGGGAAAUCUGAAAAAUGUAAAUUAGUGAUGCAUUUUAUUAAUGAUUUUGUACUUUUAAUAAUUAAAUAACUAAGGGUCAUAUCCUGGAAAAAUGGAAAUUAAUGUUACAUUUUUUGUACCUCUAAUCAUGGUUAAGGAAAUGUCAUGUCUUGGCAAAAGUUUUAAAUUGUAUAAUCAAUGACAUUCUGAAUGUAUAAUGAUGAGAAAAAUUGCAAUAAAAGAUGACCCAGAGAAAGCUGCAUUAGAGCUCUCUCUCUGGAGAUUGCUCCAA